GUGGUGAUGGGCAUAGAACCACCCAUCUGCUGAAGCUUAAAAGGAAGCCCCUCCAAAUCGAGAUCGACCCAACCGCCAAUCCCAAAUCGAUUCCGCUCCCCCAAAACAGAAGCCGGCGCCAUGGCCUCCGCUGCCACGCCUGCGCCUUUGCUCCCCGUGGCCAACCCGGCGGCCGCCGGCGGCUCCGCGCCGUCCUCCGGCACUGCCCUCUCCGACGCGGCGCUCGCCGCGCCGGCCUUCCGCCUGUUCGUGGGCCGGCUGGCCGACACGGCGCGGCGCUCGCUCGCGGACCGGCGGCCGUGGACGGAGCUGCUGGACCGGUCGGCCUUCUCCCGCCCGGACUCGCUCUCCGAGGCCACCUCGCGGCUGCGCCGCAACCUCGGCUACUUCCGCGUCAACUACGCCGCCGUGGUCGCCUUCUCGCUCGCGGCCUCGCUCCUGGCGCACCCCUUCUCCCUCCUCGCCCUCCUCGGCAUCCUCGGCGCCUGGUGCUUCCUCUACGUCUUCCGGGCCCCCGACCAGCCCGUCGUGCUCUUCGGCCGCACCUUCACCGACCGCGAGACGCUGCUCGGCCUCGUCGUCGCGUCCGUGCUCGCCUUCUUCCUCACGUCCGUGGCUUCGCUCAUCAUCUCCGGGCUGCUCGUCGGGGGCGCCAUCGUCGCCGCGCACGGCGCCUGCCGCAUGCCAGAGGACCUGUUCCUUGAUGAUCCCAGCGCUGCGUCCAAUGGCAACACCACCACCAGGCUGCUAUCCUUCCUUGCGUCGCCCGGAUCUGGGGUUUGACGCGUCCACGACCGGUAAAAUCCAGUCAAGUCAAAGUCUGAAAGUCGGGAGAGAUCUGGCCCCGUAGCUGCAGCAAAGAGCUUGUCGUUCCUAUGGUACUUAACUGUGAGUAGCUAUGGAUAUGCAGAUCUGAUUUUGGUUCUAAUUUGUGUCUCGAAUUAUGCAAACAUCUGCUAGAGCUGUACUUCUCUUGCAUUUCACCAGAUAUGGUGACAGUGAGCAUUAUCAAUUUGCUAACAUGUAUCUCUGGUGCUCUUUGAUUUGUUUGGACAUCAUAGCAUUUUGUUUUGGAUCUCCAGUUA